CACACGAAAGAGGAGGUAAAGGGAAGGAAAGGCGUCAAAGGAGAGCUAAGAAGAAAUGGGGGUGAGAAAGAGUAUAAAAUAGGGAAAGAGAAGGAAACGCCUGUGCGCACGCGCAACAGCUCGUGGGCGCGCUCCACGGCCUCCUCCGGCCGACGCCCACUUUUUUCAAGCCAGGCUCGCACGGUCGCUUAGUCCUCACGCGCGCCUUUCUUUAUCUCUCCUGCGCUUGCGCGCAGGUGUCGGUGCCUAGGGGGAGGGGGAACCCAACGCGUUCGCGUCACGUUCUCUGGUCUACCCUCCCAGCGCGCCGCCACUCUGCGCCUGCGCAGGAGAGUCGGGAGGCUCGGGUUGCAGGCUCCUGGGCUAUAGCUCCUGUCAGCUCGUGGGUCGGUCUUUCUGCCGGCCCUCCCCCUCCCCAGUGGUGUCCGCCCCUAGGAUCCCCCGAUGGGGGAGAAGUGGCGACGGCGGCAGCGGAGUAGCGGAGCAGGAGCGUGAGCGGCCCCGGGGCCCGAUUCCCCGCGGAGGCCAUGGGCGACCCAGCCCCCGCCCGCAGCUUGGACGACAUCGACCUGUCCGCCCUGCGGGACCCUGCUGGAAUCUUUGAGCUGGUAGAGGUGGUUGGCAAUGGAACCUACGGACAGGUGUACAAGGGUCGGCACGUCAAGACUGGGCAGCUGGCUGCCAUCAAGGUCAUGGAUGUCACGGAGGACGAGGAAGAGGAGAUCAAACAGGAGAUCAACAUGUUGAAAAAAUACUCUCACCACCGCAACAUUGCCACCUACUAUGGGGCCUUCAUCAAGAAGAGCCCCCCUGGAAAUGACGACCAGCUCUGGCUGGUGAUGGAGUUCUGUGGUGCUGGUUCCGUGACCGACCUGGUAAAGAACACAAAAGGGAACGCCCUGAAGGAGGACUGUAUCGCCUACAUCUGCAGGGAGAUUCUGCGGGGUCUGGCCCAUCUCCACGCCCACAAGGUGAUUCACCGAGACAUCAAGGGGCAGAACGUACUGCUGACGGAGAAUGCCGAGGUCAAGCUAGUGGAUUUUGGGGUGAGUGCUCAGUUGGACCGAACUGUGGGCAGGCGAAACACUUUCAUUGGGACCCCCUACUGGAUGGCACCGGAAGUCAUUGCCUGUGAUGAGAACCCUGAUGCCACCUACGAUUACAGGAGUGACAUUUGGUCUCUAGGAAUCACAGCCAUCGAGAUGGCAGAGGGAGCCCCUCCUCUCUGUGACAUGCAUCCCAUGCGAGCUCUCUUCCUCAUCCCUCGGAACCCGCCACCCAGGCUCAAGUCCAAGAAGUGGUCUAAGAAGUUCAUCGACUUCAUUGACACAUGUCUCAUCAAGACUUACCUGAGCCGCCCACCAACGGAGCAGCUGCUGAAGUUCCCCUUCAUCCGGGACCAGCCCACGGAGCGGCAGGUCCGCAUCCAGCUCAAGGACCACAUCGACCGGUCUCGGAAAAAGCGAGGCGAGAAAGAGGAGACAGAAUAUGAAUACAGCGGCAGCGAAGAGGAAGAUGACAGCCAUGGAGAGGAAGGCGAGCCAAGCUCCAUCAUGAACGUGCCCGGCGAGUCCACACUGCGCCGGGAAUUUCUCCGGCUCCAGCAAGAGAAUAAGAGUAACUCAGAGGCUUUAAAGCAGCAGCAGCAGCAGCUACAGCAGCAGCAGCAGCGAGAUCCUGAGGCACACAUCAAACACCUCCUGCACCAGCGGCAGCGCCGCAUUGAGGAGCAGAAGGAAGAGCGGCGGCGUGUUGAGGAGCAACAGCGGCGGGAAAGGGAGCAGCGAAAGCUGCAGGAGAAGGAGCAGCAACGGCGGCUGGAGGACAUGCAGGCCCUGAGGCGGGAGGAGGAGAGGCGGCAAGCCGAGCGGGAGCAGGAAUACAAGCGGAAGCAGCUGGAGGAGCAGCGGCAGUCAGAGCGUCUGCAGAGGCAACUGCAGCAGGAGCAUGCCUACCUCAAGUCUCUGCAGCAGCAGCAGCAGCAGCAGCAGCUUCAGAAGCAGCAGCAGCAGCAAGUUCUUCCUGGGGAUAGGAAGCCCCUGUACCAUUACAGUCGGGGCAUUAACCCCGCUGACAAGCCAGCCUGGGCCCGAGAGGUAGAAGAGAGAACAAGGAUGAACAAGCAGCAGAACUCUCCCUUGGCCAAGACCAAGCCAGGCGGCACAGGGCCUGAGCCCCCCAUCCCCCAGGCCUCCCCUGGACCCCCAGGGCCACUUUCCCAAACUCCUCCUAUGCAGAGGCCGGUGGAGCCCCAGGAGGGACCACACAAGAGCCUGGUGGCACACCGGGUCCCGCUGAAGCCAUAUGCAGCACCUGUACCCCGAUCCCAGUCCCUGCAGGACCAGCCUACCCGAAACCUGGCUGCCUUCCCAGCUUCUCAUGACCCCGACUCUGCUGCCCCCACGCCCACUGCCACGCCCAGUCCCCGAGGAGCUGUCAUCCGCCAGAAUUCAGACCCCACCUCGGAAGGGCCUGGCCCCAGCCCCAGCCCGAACCCCCCAGCCUGGGUCCGGCAAGAUAAUGAGGCCCCACCCAAGGUGCCUCAGAGGACCUCAUCUAUCGCCACUGCCCUUAACACCAGUGGGGCCGGAGGGUCUCGGCCAGCCCAGGCUGUUCGUGCCAGUAACCCCGACCUCAGAAGAAGUGACCCUGGCUGGGAGCGCUCGGACAGUGUCCUCCCCGGCUCUCAUGGGCACCUCCCCCAGGCCGGCUCUCUGGAGCGGAACCGUGUGGGAGCCUCUUCCAAACUGGACAGCUCCCCAGUGCUGUCCCCUGGAAACAAAGCCAAGCCUGAUGACCACCGCUCACGGCCAGGCCGGCCCGCAAGCUAUAAGCGAGCCAUUGGUGAGGAUUUCGUGUUGCUGAAGGAGCGGACCCUGGAUGAGGCCCCUCGGCCUCCCAAGAAGGCCAUGGACUACUCAUCAUCCAGCGAGGAGGUGGAGAGCAGUGAGGAUGAUGACGAGGAAAGCAAUGGCGAACCAUCAGAGGGCAGCAGAGACACCCCUGGGGCCCGCAGCGAUGGGGACACAGACAGCGUCAGCACCAUGGUGGUCCAUGACGUGGAGGAGAUGGCUGGGACCCAGACCCCCUAUGGGGGUGGUACCAUGGUGGUCCAGCGUACUCCGGAAGAGGAGCGAAGCCUGCUGCAUGCAGACAGCAAUGGCUACACAAACCUGCCAGAUGUGGUCCAGCCCAGCCACUCACCCACUGAGAGCAGCAAAGGUCAAAGCCCCCCGCUGAAGGAUGGAGGCAGUGAUUACCAGUCUCGUGGGCUGGUGAAGGCCCCUGGCAAGAGCUCCUUCACGAUGUUUGUGGACCUAGGCAUCUACCAGCCUGGAGGCAGCGGGGACACCAUACCCAUCACAGCCCUAGUGGGUGGAGAGGCCAGUCGGCUUGAUCAGUAUGACGUGCGGAAAGGCUCUGUGGUCAACGUGAACCCCACCAACACACGGGCCCACAGUGAAACCCCCGAGAUUCGAAAGUACAAGAAGCGAUUCAAUUCCGAGAUCCUCUGUGCAGCCCUGUGGGGUGUCAACCUGCUGGUGGGCACGGAGAACGGGCUGAUGUUGCUGGACCGAAGCGGGCAGGGCAAGGUGUAUGGACUCAUCGGGCGGCGGCGCUUCCAGCAAAUGGAUGUGCUGGAAGGACUCAACUUGCUCAUCACCAUCUCAGGGAAAAGGAACAAACUGCGGGUAUAUUACCUGUCCUGGCUUCGGAACAAGAUUCUGCACAAUGACCCAGAAGUGGAGAAGAAGCAGGGCUGGACCACCGUGGGGGACAUGGAGGGCUGCGGGCAUUACCGUGUUGUGAAAUACGAACGUAUUAAGUUCCUGGUCAUCGCCCUGAAGAAUUCCGUAGAGGUGUAUGCCUGGGCCCCCAAACCCUACCACAAAUUCAUGGCCUUCAAGUCCUUUGCUGACCUGCCUCACCGCCCUCUGCUGGUAGACCUGACAGUAGAGGAGGGACAGCGGCUCAAGGUCAUCUACGGCUCCAGCGCCGGCUUCCAUGCAGUAGAUGUCGACUCGGGGAACAGCUACGACAUCUACAUCCCUGUGCAUAUCCAGAGCCAGAUCACUCCCCACGCCAUCAUCUUCCUCCCCAACACCGACGGCAUGGAGAUGCUGCUGUGCUACGAGGACGAGGGCGUUUACGUCAACACGUACGGGCGGAUCAUUAAGGAUGUGGUGCUGCAGUGGGGAGAGAUGCCCACCUCUGUGGCCUACAUCUGCUCCAACCAGAUAAUGGGCUGGGGUGAGAAAGCCAUUGAGAUCCGCUCCGUGGAGACAGGCCACCUGGAUGGGGUCUUCAUGCACAAACGAGCUCAGAGGCUCAAGUUCCUGUGCGAGCGGAAUGACAAGGUAUUCUUUGCAUCAGUCCGCUCCGGGGGCAGCAGCCAAGUUUACUUUAUGACCCUGAACCGCAACUGCAUCAUGAACUGGUGACAGACCCUGGGUUGGGGCUCUCCCACAUGAGCCCAGCUCUCUCCCCACAGCCAGACUUCCCAGGCCGCCCUGCUUUCCCCUCCUUGGGCUUUUGCUUUUACUGAUUUGAUUCACUGGAGCCUGCUGGGAACGUGACCUCCGACCCCUGAUGCUUUUGUGAUCACGUGACCACCCUCUUCCCCAACAUGUUCUCUCCCCAAAACUGUGCCUGUCCCAUCUUCUGGGGAGAGGCACAGCUUCCGCUUACCAGGAACUGAGUGGGCCUAGCCCCAUCCCCCCUUUUCUCCACUAAUGAGGAGAGUGCUUGGGGCUUGGGCCCCAUAUCCCACUGCUGCUGACUGGGCAGGGCCCUGGGCCCCUUUAUUUGCACGUCAGGGGAGCCGGCUCCCCCCUUGAAUGUACCAGACCCUGGGGGGGUGUCACUGGGCCCUAGGUUUUGGGGGGGGUCACCAGCCACUCCAGGGGCAGGGACCAUUUCCUCAUUUUCUGAAAGCACUUUAAUGAUUCCCCUCCCCCCAAAUCCCAGGGAAUGGAAGGGGGACCCCGCCAGCCAAAACAUCUCCCCCUUUACAACCUCCAUCUCUUCUAGCCUCUGCCCUUCCCUGGUGGAGGGAGGGGGCAGGGAGCUCUCACCCUCCAUGCCCACUUGCUUGCAUCUGUAUAUAAUGUGAGCAGCAAGUAGCCCUGUUCCCUCCCUGCCCCCCCCUCAUUGUAGUGGCCUUGGACAUCCCGUUUGUUAAUAAAGACAAUUCAACCAGC